AUGGAGAGAUCUUCAAAAAGAAUUCAUAACGAAGAUGAUUUAACGAAUGUAGAGUUUGAAACAUCGGAAAAUAUUGAUGUGAUUCCAUCGUUCGACUCAAUGUGUCUUCGGGAUGAUCUGUUACGUGGGAUAUACGCUUACGGUUUUGAACGGCCAUCAGCUAUCCAACAAAGGGCCAUAAAACAGAUAGUAAAAGGUCGAGACGUGAUAGCUCAAGCUCAGUCAGGAACUGGGAAAACAGCAACGCUUGGUAUAUCUAUUUUACAAAUGUUGGAUACACAGUUGCGAGAAACUCAAGCUCUUAUAUUAUCUCCAACACGCGAAUUAGCUUCACAAAUACAGAAAGUAAUUCUUGCGUUAGGUGAUUAUAUGAAUGUUCAAUGUCAUGCCUGUUACGGUGGGACUAAUAUUGGAGAAGAUAUCCGAAAGCUGGACUAUGGGCAGCACGUAAUAUCUGGGACUCCAGGUCGUGUAUUCGAUAUGAUACGUCGUCGUAGUUUACGGACAAGAGCAGUCAAAUUGUUUGUUCUCGAUGAAGCCGAUGAAAUGUUAGACAAAGGUUUCAAAGAACAAAUCUAUGAUGUUUAUCGAUAUUUACCGCCUGGAACACAAGUGGUUCUCCUUUCAGCCACAAUGCCACACGAGAUAUUAGAAAUGACAUCAAAAUUCAUGACUAAUCCUAUUCGCAUUUUAGUAAAACGUGAUGAAUUGACUCUGGAAGGCAUAAAACAAUUUUUUGUUGCAGUGGAACGAGAAGAAUGGAAAUUCGAUACAUUGUGUGACCUGUACGAUACACUGACUGUUACUCAAUCUGUUAUUUUCUGUAAUACAAGGCGUAAAGUUGCCUGGUUGACAGAAAAAAUGCUUAAGAAUAACUUCACUGUCGCGUCUAUGCACGGUGAAAUGGUUCAAAAGGAGCGAGAAGAAAUUAUGAAAGAUUUCCGUGCUGGUGAUAGUCGCGUUCUCAUAACAACAGAUCUCUGGGCAAGAGGUAUUGAUGUACAACAAGUCUCUUUGGUCAUUAAUUACGAUCUGCCGAAUAAUCGUGAACUGUAUAUUCAUCGUAUUGGUCGAUCUGGGCGUUUUGGACGUAAAGGUGUAGCAAUUAACUUUGUGAAAACGGAUGACAUCAAAAUUCUGCGAGAUAUUGAACAGUACUAUUCAACACAAAUCGAUGAAAUGCCAAUGAAUGUUUCAGACCUUGUGUAA